GAGAGGGAGAGGGAGAGGGAGAGGGAGAGAGUAACAGGGCAUAUACUACACCAGUGUACUGUACAAUUACCCUCUCCUCCGAUGUAUCUGUAUGAUCCCUGAUAGAUCCAUCUGAUCUCCUGUGUCCUGAUCGAUGUGUCCGUGCGUCCUCCAUCUCGAUGGUCCUGCUGCUGCUGCAAUCCCAUCAUCAGCAAUAUAAUGGGUAGGUUGAGUGAUGAGCCUCCAUGCCAUGGCCAUACCACUAUGCACGGCCUGCUGAUAGAGAGCUGCUGCUAGGAUAGAUCCAUGGAGGAUCUCCGAAUGAAUCACCACUAGUAUAUAUUCAGAAGAAGAAGCAGGCAGCAGAGCAGGUACGAGCUGCUAGGAAUUGAAUUGAAGAAGCUGCAUCCACCGCCCGCCGCCAGGCCGGCCAUCAGAUCGAUCGAGCAGCAGCUACCUUUGCUGUUGAUUUGAUAAUUAAACAACGGGUCGUCAACCAAUUCAAUUCAAUGGCUUCCAAAGGACUUCCGCGCGACUCCCGUGGGUCCCUCGAGGUCUUCAAUCCCAACGCCGCCUCCGCCUCCGCCGCCGCCUCCGCCUCCUCCGCCGCCGCUUCCAUCCGGCCGGCGAAGCCAACCUCCCCAUUCCUCCUGCCGCCCCCAGCGGCGGAUGAUGCUGCUGCCGUGGGCCGGGCCGCGCAGAGGGCCGCCGAGUGGGGCCUCGUCCUCCAGACCGACGACCACACCGGCCGCCCCCAGGGCGUCACCGCCCGACCCUCCGGCGGCUCUGCUUCUGCUAGUACCCGCACCAGCGACUCCCUCGACGGCAUCCCCAGGGCCCUCCCCCGGGUUUCGGAGGAGCUCCGCGCCGCUCUCUCCGCCUUCCAGCAGACCUUCGUGGUGUCGGACGCCACCCGCCCCGACCACCCCAUCCUUUACGCCAGCGCCGGAUUCUUCAACAUGACCGGCUACUCAUCCAACGAGGUCGUCGGAAGGAACUGCCGCUUCCUUCAGGGCUCCGGGACGGACCCUGCAGAGAUCGCAAAGAUCAGGCACGCGCUCGCAGCUGGCUCAAACUACUGCGGCCGUGUUCUCAACUACAAGAAGGACGGCACGCCAUUCUGGAACCUCUUGACCGUUGCCCCCAUCAAGGAUGAGGAUGGCAGGGUCCUCAAGUUCAUCGGGAUGCAAGUGGAAGUGAGUAAGUACACUGAAGGGACCAAGGAUACAGCAGUUCGCCCGAAUGGAUUGCCAGAAUCACUAAUCAAAUAUGAUGCAAGACAGAAGGAUCAGGCCCGUAGCUCUGUCUCUGAGCUUCUUCUUGCCCUCAAGAAUCCACGCUCCUUGUCAGAAUCAAGAAAUAGCACCUUUAAAAGAAAAUCGCAGGAAUCAGAAGUUCCUGGCAAGAGAAGCUCUGAAAGUGGAUCUCGCCGCAACUCUCGAAGUGGAAUGAGAAACUCUCUGCAGAAAAUUAGUGAAGUGCCUGAAGGAGGGAAUAAAACUAGAAAAUCUGGCUUGCGUUCAUUUAUGGGUUUUCUUGGUAUGGGCCAUGGAAAUGUAGAGAAGAACAUGCUGAAACCAAGAGAUGAUCCGCUACUUGACAGUGAUGACGAAAGACCUGAAAGCUUUGAUGACGAUUUCAGGAGGAAAGAAAUGAGAAGGGGUAUAGACUUGGCUACUACACUUGAACGUAUUGAAAAGAAUUUUGUCAUCACCGAUCCGAGGUUACCUGAUAAUCCAAUUAUAUUUGCGUCGGAUAGCUUUUUGCAAUUGACAGAGUAUAGCCGUGAAGAAAUAUUGGGAAGAAACUGCAGGUUUCUUCAAGGACCUGAAACUGACCGUGGGACAGUAAAGAAAAUAAGAGAUGCCAUAGAUAACCAAACAGAGGUCACCGUUCAGUUAAUAAAUUAUACAAAGAGCGGCAAAAAAUUCUGGAACCUCUUUCACUUGCAACCAAUGCGUGAUCAGAAGGGUGAUGUUCAGUACUUCAUUGGGGUUCAGUUAGAUGGAACUGAACGUGUUCGAGAUGCUGCUGCAAAAGAUGGUGCCAUGCUGGUUAAGAACACUGCAGACAAUAUUGACGAGGCUGCAAAGGAACUUCCUGAUGCUAAUUUGAGACCGGAGGAUCUAUGGGCUAAUCACUCAAAACCAGUCUUGCCGAAGCCACAUAUGAAGGAUACUGCAUCAUGGAGAGCCAUCCAAAAGGUUCUUGAGAGUGGUGAAAGCAUUGAUUUGAAACAUUUCAGGCCUGUAAAACCUUUAGGAUCUGGUGACACUGGCAGUGUCCACUUGGUUGAGUUGCGUGGCACAGGUGAAUACUUUGCCAUGAAAGCUAUGGAUAAAAGUGUGAUGCUUAACCGAAACAAGGUCCAUAGAGCUACCGCUGAACGACAAAUCCUUGAUAUGUUGGACCACCCAUUCCUUCCCACAUUGUAUGCAUCAUUUCAGACCAAGACACAUAUAUGUCUUAUUACCGACUACUACUCUGGUGGGGAACUUUUUAUGCUCCUUGAUAGGCAACCUAUGAAGGUUCUAAAGGAAGAUGCAGUCAGGUUCUAUGCUGCAGAAGUGGUAACAGCACUUGAAUACCUGCAUUGCCAAGGUAUAAUCUACCGAGACUUAAAGCCGGAGAACAUUUUACUUAAUAGAGAGGGGCACAUGUCCCUGACAGACUUUGAUUUGUCAUGCUUGACAUCCUGUCAACCACAGGUGUUUCUUUCAGAAGAGAGCGAUAAGAAGAAAAGGAGGAAGAGCAGGGGUUCUCCCAUAUUCUUCGCUGAACCAAUGCGAGCAUCGAAUUCGUUUGUUGGUACAGAGGAGUACAUUGCACCUGAGAUCAUUACUGGAGCUGGUCAUACAAGUGCUGUGGAUUGGUGGGCGCUAGGGAUCCUUCUGUACGAGAUGCUGUAUGGCUACACACCCUUCAGAGGGAAAACGAGGCAGAGAACCUUUGCGAACAUUCUGCACAAGGACAUGAGAUUUCCAGCGAGUAUAGAGGUGAGCCUGGCUGGGAGGCAGCUCAUGUACCGGCUGCUGCACCGGGACCCUGCAAACAGGCUGGGGUCGUACGAGGGCGCCUCGGAGAUCAAGCGGCACCCCUUCUUCCGCGGCAUCAACUGGGCUCUCGUCCGGGCCGCCACGCCCCCCAAGCUCGCUCAGGUGGAGGUGGAGGUGGAGGUGGAGGCUCCUCUGCAACUGCAAGAGACAGCUGCUGCUGAUGCUCUCACUGAUAUGUUCUGAAAGGCUGAUGAAUGAAAUGAAGCUAGUAGUGCGUUAUGUCAGUAUUGUGUCACUAAGUAAGUAGAUUACCAAAUAAAAAUAUGGUAAGUUGGCAGAAAGAAAUCAAUUGAAUUAUAUUGAUGGUCAACUUGGCUAUGUGGUUGUUGGGCAGGACUAGCAAGUGCUAAUGUAAUGUGAUGUGAUGCUCCAACCAUGGGGAAGGAACAAGAUACUCAUAGAAUAGAUGCUUACAGGAAACCAAUCCCAUACAUUACUGCUCCGUAGCUACUACUCCCUAUGUACUUACUCCCUCCGUUCUUAAAUACAUGCAGUUGAUGUUUUACUCCAA